GUCUGCUACUUUAUUAGUAUUACUAUAUUAAUAACAAUACAAUAUGCAUAAUUAUAAGCAUCUAACCCUAUAUAGUAAGUACAUGUUGCUCAGUACUUAAUUGAAUAAUUACACUGUAAAAAAAGACAUGCAUGCAACCUAAUUGCCAGAUUCCAAGUAUGUAAAUAAACAAAUAAAGAAUCCUGAAAUAUGGUAAAAGGAACAGAUCAGAAGAACAUUCAGAAGUAUCAGAAAAAUCAUCAAAUGAGUCCUGAUAUGAUUCAUGAGGUGCAAAACACACCAAAGGUAUGUUGAUGUUACACACUGAGCUAUAAACAGUUAUGCCAUUCAGUUCUGGGUGAGUCCUUUUAUUCAGCUCGGUGAAAUGUUGCGGAAUAAAUCGGAAAAACCCGUGCGUAACUUGUUAUGCUGCACUUCACGUGUGAUAUAUAUACUUCUUCAUAAAGCGCUGCAUGGAGAUGAAGCUCGUGCAUUGUGACGCAAGUGCGCCUGUGCAUGCAUCAAAUAAGGAAGUCGUAGAUCCGGUAGUUCCCCUUAACUGUAAGCUAAAUAUUAAGAUAGUUCGGUCAAAAACCAGUUCAAGCUUCGUCGUCGCAUGUUCAAAAAGUCUAGCCUUUUCAUGCGUUUCCCGUCUUUAAUGUGGAGUUCGUAGUCAGAUUUUUUUACCGAAACUAGUUGAAAACUCGAAAAAGGUGAAAAGCAGACAACAGGAUGGAUGUUACUCACCUGACGGAGGACGAAAUGGCCGAUAUAAAGAAGGAAGCCAUAGACAGGUUACGACCAUACCUGGUGGAUAAGAUCAUCGCAGAGCGGCACUUUGAUUACUUGCGUUCGAAGAAAAUCCUGACCAGAGAGGAUACAGAGGAGAUCAGCUGCAGAACCACGAGAGGGAAACGCACUAGCAAGCUGCUGGAUAUCCUCGCAGAAAACCCACAGGGUUUAGACAUGCUUAUUGAGUCCAUCAAAUGGGGCCGAACGCUCAACUUCAUCAUCGCAAAGAUCACUGAUGAGGUGCAGCGCGUGAAAAACGAGCGACUGGAAGCUUUAAAAGGGUCCUCUGCAAAUUCAGGGUAUUCAAGCACAAAAGGAGCAACCAAUGACUUCUCCAAAAUGGACUCGGACUAUGACAAGUACUCCACUAUAUGCUACCAUCCAGAAGGAGAACGAAGUCCGUCGUCCUCUGUCGCUACGGGAUCCUUUAACCUGCGUUACGGAUCGGGUCGAGGGAACGAGGCUCUGUCGAUCUGCGGAGGCGCUGGGAGCAUAAAUGUGUCCUCCACCAUCUCAUCAAGCCUGCCUAAACCUGGAGACCCUGGAGCUCCAGCGCUACCCGAGGAGCCUGAUAUGGACGUCCAGGAUAUAGAUGCUGCUGUUUGUGGAAGUACAGGAAGUAGCGGGGAUGCUAAUUUCCAGCCGCUGCGCUCACGUUCUUUGUCUCCGAUGUCUUCCAUGUCAUAGCGCAACCUUUCGACGCAAUCACCUGCAUUCCAUCAAUGUGUGAGAUGCAGAACAUUCUCCAAAACAAUAGUCUUUCAGAUGUCUCUCACCAGCACUGUCACACUGCAAAUCUUUUUUUCUGCUUGUUAAAUUUGCUUAAUUAAAACGAGUUUACGCUGAACAUUUUGUUUCUGCUUGCUUUAAAUGUGUCCAAUCAUAUAGAAAUUAAUUUGACUUCAUUUGCAUUAAAAAGGUAUUCAUUUUAAUGCAUUAUGUCAUUUCAUAAAUAAUUGUAACCAAGUUAAAAUGCAUUGUAAUAUUUGAAGGCUUGUUUGUCAUGUGUUACACUUUCUAAAGGUGUAACAAUGAAUAGAAAAGCAUAGUAUUAUAACUGUGGUUUCAAUUAUUCAUGAAAUCAUGCAAUGCAUUAUAAGGUGCAUUACAAAUGCAUUAAAACUAAGGCUUCAAGUAAAGUGCUACUUUUUUUUUUUUACCAUCUAAAAAAACUGUUUUUAGCAUUAACUCAAACUGGGCAGUGGAUUUUAAGUUCCCUGCGUAUUUUGCAUAGGGCUGGAUCAGGACAGUAAAUGUUGCUUAUUUGAUAUGAGAGUAAAAUGUGUUAUUCUGAGUAAAGGGAAAACCCUGUUGGUGUGUAAUGCUGUUAUGCUGACAUUUAAAAAGUUUCUACAUUGUGUUUUUGUGGUUACCAUUGUGCUGAAGAGUAAAGCUUGUGGGUGGAUCCAUGAUUUAAGUUUUAUAGUAUGUUGUUCCACUCAAUGAGCAAUAAUGCAGUGAUAACAUCAGCGUAGAGUUGCUCACUGCAAACAUUUGCUAUGCCGACUACAGAAAGUGUUUUAAGCGUACAGUAAAAGUCAAGAGUUCCUAAUACUCACUGUUACAAGUAAACAGUUGUGUAACUUAUUGACAAAUAUUAGACUUUAAGUAGCAUGCUGUUAAAUGUAGGUAGUUUUAAACAAAUUGAAUGCAAAUUGUUACAUUCUAUGGGUCAGUUUUUACAGUGGAUUACUGAGGAUCCUUGAAAUAAUGUAAUGAUAAAAGCUGGUUAUUGCUUAACUUUGAGCAUUUUGUUAAUUUUGACUAGUCAACUAAUAAAUUAUUAAAUCAUU